UUAAAAACAUUAGUUACUUAUAUAUCGGUAAGUUCGUGCAUCGAUACAACAAUUUUAGGAUUCAUAGAUAUAUAUAUAAUGAAUAUAUAUGACAGCGAUAAAGUAUAUACUAUAUACCCUAUAGUCUAUGGGGUAUCACACGUAAGAAGUUAUAGCAGCUGACAGCCAAUCAGAAGUAAGCGUUAAACGGGCUUGUUCCUUAUUGAGGUGGUGGGGAGAGAACAUGAAGGAAUGAGUCCGUUUAAAGGUUGCUUCUGAUUGGCUGUCAGCUGCUGUUCCUUGGUGAGCUUUUUACGUGUAAUAGCCCCUAUGUCUCCCUGCAUAUACUCUUUUAAUAAACAUAACCUAAAAAACACCGCAACAUAGACAAUGUUAUAUGUAUGGUUCACCAUUUGUUAAAAACUGAAUAAACUAAAAUUGGGAAUUUCCAUAGAAUUAAAGUGCAGUAAUUUAAUUAAUAUUAUUUUGUAUUAAAUAAGUCUAUUGUUAUUUCUGUGAAUGUCAAGUGAACAAGAUUCAAUUUUCAAAUACUUGUAUAUAAAAUGAUUUCAGAAUAAUGUUUGAUACAAAUAUACAAAUACAUUUACAUGAUGGUUAUAUUAGAAGAAAUUUAUAAAACAGCAUACAUUCAAUGCAUCAUAGACACAGCUAGCGAAUUGCAUCGAAUUGCUACUAAUAUAAGUAGUGAUAUGGACAUGGUUAUUAGCUGUGCUAAAAAUGAGUUAAAUAAUCUAGACGAUGUCAAAAACACUGCAAAAAAGGUUUUAACUGUCUUUUUGAGUUCAGAAGAAAUCAUUAAUACCGCAAGACACAAUUUUUUACAUUCUUAUCACCAGUGGUUGGAAGAUUGUUUGAAAGUAAAUGCCGUAUUGUUAGAAAAUACAAUUUUGAAGGAAGAUGAAAAUACAAAGUCAUUGCCAAGUUUCAAAUCUAUUCAUGAUAAAUAUAUCAUUGAAAUUGAAGAUUUGUAUGGAUCUGAUAUUGAAAUAGUCAAUGAAGUAAGGUAUUCGAAAUCAAGAAAAACAGAUAAUGAUAGUAAUGAAGAUGAAGAAAUUGCAAGUAAAUCUUCUGAAAAAGAAUCAAACAAUGCGGUGUUUAUUAAUAAAAGUAAAAAAAAAAAGUCUACUAGUCCAACUUCUAUUCAAAAUGAAUCAAUCAUAAUAUCAGAUGAUUCAAUAGUCUCAGAUGAGAACGAUCUACUGUCAAAGAAGAAUGAAUGUUUCAACUCAAGUAUUGAUUCUGUUGAAACUUAUUUUUCUCCCAGUGUAUGCAACAGUAAUGUAGCAGUUCCGACAAACACAAAUUUUUUAUCUGAUUCUAAUUGUGUAGUAGUCCUGGAGCGUUUAUCAGAAGAAAAUUACAAGUACAAGAAAGAAUCUCUUCCAACUAAAAAUAAAAAGUUUAUAGAUGAGUAUGAAUUUGCAAGGCUGAUCAAUUUAGAUGAUCUUGAAAAACCUAGAAACAAAAGAUGUUAUAUUUUCUCUGAUGAAUCAAGUACAAAUGAAAGCAGUAAUUCAUCUUCACCAUCUUUAUCAAAUAAUUAUAAAGUAAAGAGAAAAAAUAAAAAAUUUAAAACAAGCUCUUCAAUUAGCGAAGUUAGCAGCUUUUAUUCUUCAUCUGAUGACAAUAGUGAAAAAAGGAGUACUAAUAAUAAUUAUUAUGCUUAUAAUAAUGAUUUAAAUGUAGAUAAGUUGUUGAUUGAGCAAAAUGAAGAAAGUGUAAAGCAGCAAUUAUUAAGAUCUGACGAUAGCACAGACUUUGAGUUAGAUCAAGAUGAUAGUAAUGAUAAUGAUGAAAAUAGUAGGCACGAAAAGAAGAAAAAUAAAAUAAAAGAAGCUGUGCAGAAUCUCAAUUCGGAUACUCCUGGCAGUGAUGAUGACAGAAGAGUAAAACCAGAGUGGACAAAAGAUAAAGUUUUAAAUUUUAAAUUAAAUGAUUUAGACAUAAAUGAAAAGAAAAAGACUGGUCAAAAUGCUAUACCUAUGAAGGCAGAUUCUGACAGUGACAAUGAUCUUAAGCCAAUAAUUAUUACGAAAAGAAGAAACAAAAGAAAUCGAUUAAAUGUUUCGCAAUCGCUGAAUAGUACAGAUAAAUCUUCUUUAAACAAUUCAUUUAGUGAUGGUUCGGAUUCUGAAGACUGUCAAAUAGUUAGGAGUAGCUCACAAUUGUCUGCUACUUCUCAAGUAACGGGAAUUCUUACAAAUUCGGAAGAAAAAGUAGUGGUAAGUAAUGCGGUUACUCCUAGUAAACCGGCCGGUCGGCGAAACAUCCGCAAAGUAUUUCACGACGAAGAAGUGGCUGAAGGAACAAGACGAGCUGGUAAAGAUGAAGAAAAUCGUCUGCAACGUCUGGCUGAACGUAAAAAACAACUUCAAGAAUUAUUAACAGAAAAAAACAAAGAAAAGGAUACCUUAGUUUUAGACUUUGACAUUGAUAAAAAAGUCGAUCUUAUAAAAGUGGAUAGAGGUCUAGUCAAGUUCCUGAAACCCCAUCAAGCAGAAGGCGUAAAGUUUAUGUGGGAAUCUUGCUUUGAGACUUUAGAGCAAGUCAAAAACUCAGAGGGUUCUGGUUGCAUUCUCGCGCAUUGUAUGGGCCUAGGUAAAACCUUCCAGAUUGUCACACUAGUACAUACAAUACUGGUGAAUAGAGAUACAGGAGUCAACACUGUUAUGGUUGUGUGCCCGAUGAAUACUAUACUUAAUUGGGUGGAGGAGUUUGACAUGUGGCUGAAGCAUGCCGAAAAUAACAAAAGAAUUCGUGUUUACGACUUGACGCAAAUCAAAAAGACAUCGAGUAGAAUCUCCCAACUGAAGUUUUGGCACGACCUUGGUGGAGUCUUGGUCCUUAGCUACGAAAUGUUUCGAUUGUUCACAUCCGACGAUAAAAAACAGAGUCUCCAGCGUAGCCAAAAAAUGAGGUCAUAUUUACUAAAUCCUGGUGCUGAUUUCGUAGUCUGCGACGAAGGACAUUUGCUAAAGAAUGAGGGGUCUCAGAUAGCUAAGAGGAUGCAAUGUGUAAGGACCAAAAGGAGAGUUAUACUUACGGGCACGCCACUUCAGAAUAACUUGAGUGAAUAUCACUGCAUGGUACAGUUUGUAAAGCCAAAUCUUCUUGGUAACAAAAUCGAAUUUCUAAAUAGGUUCGGUAAUCCAAUAGUCAAUGGUCAGUUUGACAACUCUACCGCGAAAGACGUGAAGCUCAUGAAGCACAGAGCUCACGUCCUUCAUAGGAUGUUAGAAGGCUGCGUUCAGCGCUGCGAUUACGCGGUGCUUACGCCGUUUUUACCACCCAAGCAGGAGUACGUGAUUUUGCUUCGAUUAAGCGAAUUGCAGAUUGAGAUGUACAGAUUUUUCAUUGAAAACAUUGCCAGGGCCGAUGCAAAGCACUGCAGAUUGUUUAAGAAUUAUCAUGAAAUCAAGCGAUUAAUUGCUCAUCCAACAAAUAUGCAACUCCAAGCUAAAGCUAAUCAAAAGAAUAAUAAAAGCAAUAAGAAUAAUAAAGCAAAGAAUCUUCGAAAUGGUGAUUUUAGCCAGGCUGAAGAAGAAUAUUGGUGGUCGAGGUUUGUUAAAGACGAUCAGCGAUUUGACUUCACCCAAUCGUACAAGUUAAUCUUUCUAUACGGAAUUUUAGAAAGAUGCAAAAAGGAAGGAGAUAAAAUAUUGUUAUUUUCUCAAUGCUUGAAUACACUCGAUUUGAUAGAAAUCUUCUUGAAGCACAUCGAUUCGCAAUCAAAACAGAACGGUUUCACUAAUGAUCUCUUCAAUUUUCAAGACGAAUGGAAACGGGGUCUUGAUUAUUUCAGGAUGGACGGGUCUGUCAAUUCAGAAAAACGGAACUCUAUGUGUAAAACUUUUAACAAUCCGAAUAAUAAACGAGCAAGGCUUUUCUUAAUUUCAACGAGGGCUGGAGGUUUAGGUAUAAACCUUAUUGGAGCUAACCGCGUUGUUAUUUUCGAUCCUAGUUGGAAUCCAUCUAAUGACCUACAGAGUAUUUUUAGAAUAUUCAGAUUCGGACAAAGCAAGCCCUGUUACAUUUACCGUUUUCUAAGCGCCGGUACAAUGGAACAAAAAAUUUACAACCGACAAGUGACAAAGCUUUCACUGUCUCUUCGAGUCCUCGAUGAACAUCAAAUCGAACGUCAUUAUCGUGACACCGAACUUGCCGAGUUAUAUAAGUUAGAGACGUUGGAUGACCAACCGAUACUCAAUGUGCCAAAAGAUCACGUUCUUGCCGAUGUCUUCCUCAAGUUUAAGAAUUACGUUUACCAGUUCUUCGAGCACGAUUCAUUAUUAGAAAAUAAGGAAGAAGAGGAAUUGGACGAAGACGAACGAAAACAGGCUUGGUUCGAAUAUCAAGAGGAAAAGCAGUCUCAACUUUUAAAAGCAAACCAAAAGAAACGUGUUCCCGAGAAAAUUUCCGAACAAUCUACUACGUCUGCAGAAAAUUUACUUCCACCUGCGGCUGUUGCGGACCCAACAGUUGACGAUAUAAUUCUGCCGCUUCCAAAUUUGUAUUAAGAAGGUUCGGAGUAGAUUUGGUGUAGGUGAAUUUUUAGAAAGAUAUACUCCAGGAUUAUAUUUUUCUAAGGAUACGAAAUGGAACAAAUCGAUUAAACCGAAGAUAACUUUAUUUAGUUGUACACAGGUAAAGAUUUAUCUUGCUGUCCGUCCUGUCAUUAACGUUUGUUUCAAUUCGCUCUUUUCUCUCUCGAAGCGCUUCGAAUAAGCCACGUUGAUGUUUUCUUCUUGAUCAAUUUUAUGAUCGUACAUCUCCUCCGCAAAGAUCUCACGCCAAUCAGGUGUCUUGGUUAUUGGUGAAAAGCCCACCCAUGCCGUGUACCGGUAGCGAAGCGUACGUAGAGUAUAGCCCAUGAUUCUGAUCUCGCGAAGACGAGGCUCAUCGCUACUUGGUUUACAGGAUGGUUGUAGGCCAGGACGUGGGUAUUGACUAAUCGCUCCAAUCUUCCAGGGUACCGACUAAGACGUACAAGAGAAAAUUUACUUGAAUUGUUUUUCGAGAGUUACCAGAUUGUUACCUUAUUAGAAGAGAGUUAAUGUAUAGUUUAAAAUUAUAUAAUACCGUUACGUAAGUAAUAACUACAUAGCUGAAUUAUGCUGAGCAUAUUUUUAGUAUAUAAGAGAUUCUGAUGUACCUUGCAUGUCAAGGCAGCUUUGAUCAAGGGAACUAAGGAGGAUCCCUCAGUACAAAGAUCAGAAAUUCUUGAAUGUGAUAUCUCGUUUGGACACGUCGAAAUCUUAACAUUAGCAAGUUCUGCUACUGUUGGAAAGAUAUCUAACAAUUCGACAGGUUCUUGAACGAUCAUACUUUGCAACCGACAAUAAUCCGACGAUUCAAACUUAUCGUUUACUCUAAAAGUAAUGUUUGGAAUAGAGAUGAGCAAUGGUACUCGCAAAGCCACUUCAUAGUUGCUGUACUUUGCCCACUCAGCGUGUUCUCCCAAAGACCAACCUGUAUUGAAAAAAAAUAUAUAUAAAAUGAUAAAAACAGUACGAAAAGUAUUAACGGUGCAAGUUAUAGAAAAAAAAAAA